AUGUCACCCCGCAAAAUCCAGGCUUAUGGCCUACCGACUUCUCGGACGCCAUCCCCACCGGAUUCUCUCGACAGUACAUCGUCUUCACCCACAUGCUUCUCUGCGAGAUCAGGUUCGAGUUCGAGUUCGAGUUCGAGUUCCACAUCCACAUGGUCGCCGCCUCCCUCACCACCGUUCUCCAAGGCAGAUCCUGCCCCGCCUCCGGUGUAUAGUACCUCGGCACCCCGAUCUCGACGUGUAUCACCUCCACAAACCCUGCUCGGGGCGAUUGACGAGAACAGCGGCAUUGUAGAGCCUGAUGUACCUCUGUCCGCCGACAAAGAGAAUAAUCCGGUUGCGAAACUCCAUGUUUACUCUUCCGCGGCUGUGUCGAAGAAGAAAGCAACUCUGGCCUCCGCCUCCAGCCCACCUGCGAACGAAUUCGACUCACUUGUUGGGCCGAACGGGGAGAAAUUUACGGAUCUAAGGAUGAACCGGAAGACUCGGGAUGCGAGAGGUCGAGGCUGGAUGAAACUGAUGUGCUUUGCAUAG